AAUGUUUCUCCAGUCUCUCACAUCUUUCCCUGUGUUGUGCCAGGCUCCUGCGUCUCACCACGACACAGAAUGACGGAGUACGAGGACUUCAUGAACUUGGCUGCCUACUGGAACUCCUCUGACAAUUGCCAGUUCAGCCCUGACAGGGUUAUUGUCCCUGUGGUCUUCUCCCUCAUCUUCCUCCUGGGCACAGUGGGCAACAGCCUGGUGCUGGCUGUGCUGCUGCGCAGUGGUCAGGUGGGCCACAACACUACCAACCUCUUCAUCCUCAACCUCAGCCUGGCUGACUUCUUCUUCAUCGUCUUCUGCGUGCCCUUCCAGGCCACCAUCUACUCCCUUGAGGGAUGGGUCUUUGGCUCCUUCAUCUGCAAGGCUGUCCAUUUCUUCAUCUACCUCACCAUGUACGCUAGCAGCUUUACUCUGGCUGCUGUCUCUGUGGACAGGUACCUGGCUAUCCGCUAUCCGCUGCGCUCCCGGGAGCUGCGGACCCCCCACAGCGCAGCGGCAGCCAUGGCUGUGAUCUGGGGUCUCUCUGUGGUCUUUGCUGGGCCCUACCUAAGCUACUACGACCUGAUUGAGUGGGAGUCCAGCUACAUUUGCAUACCUGGUUGGGAGGAGUGGAGACGCAAGGUCAUGGAUACCAGCACGUUUACCUUCGGCUACAUUAUCCCAGUGCUGGUCAUCAGCCUCUCCUACACCAGAACCAUCAAGUACCUGUGGACAGCAGUGGACCCUCUGGAGGACAUGGCAGAGUCCAGGAAGGCCAAGUGGAAGGUAACCAAGAUGGUCAUCAUUGUAACCAUCCUUUACUGCCUGUGCUGGCUGCCCUACCACGUAAUCAUCCUCCGAUACCUCUAUGGAGACUUCCCCUUCAACCAGGCCACCUAUGCCUUCCGCCUGCUCUCCCACUGCAUGGCCUAUGCCAACUCCUGCCUCAACCCCAUCAUCUACGCCCUAGUGUCCAAGCACUUCCGUAAGGGCUUCAAGAAGGUUUUCAGCUGUCUCUUGAGAAAAAAGCACCACAAUAAGGUACAUGUGGUGCAUAAUGCCCACGUUGUGCCUGGAUUUGGGGCAGCUUCCACUGAAGUGUCCCAGAUGCACGAGAAGAAUAAAAGGUAUGAGAUGGACCCAGCCUCUGUGGCAGUCCCCUCUGGUUUCUCCAAGCCCCUUUGUAUUUCUUAGUGGCCAAGCUCCAUCUGCCAGCUCAGCUCUGUCACCAACUUCAGGACACUCUUUCCCACUGGGUGAGAGGGGAUGCUAGAAAGGCAAGCCAGAAACUGCUAAACACUGCUUCUGCCCUUGUCGUUUCUUCCCAUUCCAUGCACCAACUGUUCUCCUGAGCCAUCUCCCCACCACAUGCUGAAUGCGAGGAAAGGAACUGACCCAGGCUCACCCCUGAUCCUCAAACCACCUGGAUUCCAGGGACUAAAGCACCAGCUCCUCUCUGGGCUCUCAUCCAGCAGAACUCCACUGCUCCAUGGCCUGACUGCACUGGGUCCUGUGCACAAGGGCAGCAGUUCAUGAUAGAGUCAAGGCUCAGGGGAGAAA